GUAGUCUUCGUCUUCAAAAAAAAAAAAGAAAAAAGAAGCGAAUUUUAUUGAUUAUUAUGUCGAAAGCUGAAGACGCAAAGAAAAUACUCUGCUAUGAGGAAUUUUAAUGCUUUGCUAGCUUUUACAGCCACUAUUGCUGUUCUUGCCCUAUAUAACUGUAAAGUAAAUGGUCAGACAAGUCAAAAUAUUAAUGUUUUUUUUAUAAACGAAAUUGAUAACGAUCCAGCCUCGAAGGCGGUUGAGGUCGUUGAAACAUAUUUAAAGAAAAACGCUCAAUACGGUUUAACGUUACGAAUUGAGAGGAUCGAAGCGAAUAAAACCGAUGCUAAAGACUUGCUGGAAACAAUUUGUACUAGGUAUGCGGCAAGCAUUGAAAACAAACAGCCACCGCAUAUCGUACUUGACACCACAAAAUCAGGUGUACCAUCGGAAACAGUGAAAUCUUUUACACAAGCAUUGGGCCUACCUACGAUAAGUGCGUCUUAUGGUCAAGAAGGCGAUUUGAGGCAAUGGCGCGAUAUAGACGCUAAUAAGCAAAAAUAUUUAUUGCAAAUUAUGCCACCGGCUGACCUUAUUCCUGAGGUCGUACGUAGUAUAGUACGCAAAAUGAAUAUUACAAAUGCGGCCAUACUAUAUGACGAAACUUUUAUAAUGGAUCACAAGUACAAGUCACUGUUGCAGAAUAUACAAACGCGUCAUGUCAUCGCUCGGAUUGCGCAAGGCGAUCGAGAGCGAACUGAAGAAAUUGAGAAAUUAAGAAAUCUGGAUAUUAAUAAUUUCUUCAUAUUGGGCAGCUUACGAACAAUAGGGCAAGUUUUGGAAGCAGUAAAAUCCGCAUAUUUUCAACGUAAUUUCGCUUGGCAUGUAAUCACCCAAGAUGAAGGGGAAAUCGCCAGUAAACGUGAUAAUGCUACCUUAAUGUACUUGAAACCCGUUGUGUAUGCUCAGCGACGCGAACGCUUAGGGCAGCUAAGAACGACCUAUAACCUAAAUGAAACGCCACAAAUUAUGACUGUUUUUUAUUUUGACUUGGCCUUGCGAGCUUUUUUAACCGUCAGAGACAUGAUUCAAGCGAAUGCUUGGCCUAAAAAUAUGAUAUAUAUGGGUUGCGAUGAUUACCAAGGCGAAAACACUCCAAUAAGAAAUCUCGAUUUAAAGGAAUAUUUCAUUAAGGUUAGCGAACCUACUUCUUACGGACAAUUUGAAUUGGUAAGCGAACAAGGAAAGCCAUUCAAUGGCUACAGUUACGUCAAAUUUGAAAUGGAUAUAGAUAUGGUAGAGAUACGUGGAGGAAAUUCCGUUAAUAGUAAACCAAUCGGACGUUGGACCUCUGGCUUGGAUACACCUCUAAUGAUUAAAGACGAAACAGCCAUAAAUAAUCUAACAGCAGAUACGGUCUAUCGCGUUUAUACAGUUUUGCAAGCUCCCUUUAUAAUGAGAGAUCCAAAAGCACCCAAAGGCUACAAGGGUUACUGCAUUGAUUUAAUUAACGAAAUUGCGGCAAUUGUUCAUUUUGAUUACACCAUACAAGAAGUAGAAGAUGGAAAAUUUGGAAAUAUGGAUGAAAAUGGCCACUGGAAUGGUGUUGUCAAGAAACUGAUUGAUAAACAAGCCGAUAUCGGUUUGGGUUCAAUGUCUGUAAUGGCCGAACGUGAAAUUGUUAUAGAUUACACAGUACCCUACUAUGAUUUGGUCGGUAUUACGAUAAUGAUGCAACGACCCAGCACACCGAGUUCUUUAUUUAAAUUCCUAACGGUACUUGAAACGAAUGUAUGGCUUUGCAUAUUAGCUGCUUACUUCUUCACUAGUUUCCUGAUGUGGAUUUUCGAUCGUUGGAGUCCGUACAGUUAUCAAAAUAAUCGUGAGAAAUACAAAGACGAUGAUGAGAAAAGAGAAUUUAAUUUAAAGGAGUGUCUAUGGUUCUGCAUGACAUCUUUGACGCCACAAGGAGGCGGGGAAGCUCCGAAAAAUUUAUCGGGUCGUCUAGUAGCAGCCACGUGGUGGCUGUUUGGAUUUAUUAUCAUUGCUUCUUAUACUGCCAAUCUCGCCGCUUUCCUCACUGUGUCGCGUUUAGACACACCUGUAGAGUCCUUAGAUGAUUUGGCAAAACAAUAUAAAAUUCUGUAUGCCCCUUUGAAUGGGUCCUCAGCUAUGACGUAUUUUGAACGUAUGGCUAAUAUUGAGCAAAUGUUUUAUGAAAUAUGGAAAGAUUUGUCCUUGAAUGACUCCCUGACGCCGCUCGAACGAUCUAAGCUGGCUGUAUGGGACUACCCGGUUAGCGAUAAGUACACAAAAAUGUGGCAAGCUAUGCAAGAAGCUCAAUUGCCAGCCAAUUUGGAGGAAGCUAUAGCUCGGGUGCGCAAUUCAACAUCGGCAACCGGUUUUGCUUUUUUAGGCGAUGCCACCGAUAUUCGCUACUUGGUAAUGACAAAUUGCGACCUACAAGUAGUAGGUGAGGAGUUUUCACGGAAACCGUAUGCUAUAGCCGUCCAGCAGGGUUCACAUUUAAAGGAUCAGUUUAAUAAUGCCAUCCUAACUUUGCUUAAUAAACGUCAGUUAGAGAAACUCAAAGAAAAAUGGUGGAAAAAUGAUGAAAUUCAGGCCAAGUGCGAUAAACCCGAAGAUCAAUCAGAUGGCAUUUCCAUUGAAAACAUUGGCGGUGUAUUUAUCGUUAUAUUCGUGGGCAUUGGUAUGGCUUGCAUUACUCUGCUAUUCGAAUACUGGUGGUAUAAAUAUCGUAAAAAUCCUCGUAUUAUCGAUGUGACUGAAGCAGCGCCAUCCGGAAAACGGGGUAAAAUACCUGAAGGUAUCAUUUUGGGCCGGACCGAAAAACGUGGAAAUAUCAAAAGUAACAUUGUCUUACGCUCUCGUUUUAAUCAAUAUCCCUCGAAAACACCCAAGCCAAAAUUUUGAACA